AUGCAGAUCACGACAAUCACCGGUAGUGCGACCAUCACCAUAACGAUUGUUCCAUUGACAACUAUUUUUACCCCUCCUCCUGAUUGCCCAACCAGUUGGACCUUCGCACCCACAACUUCAGACAGCGUGAUGAAUGGCAUCCUGUUACAAAAUGCAUUAAGCGUUGUGAGCUCAUGUUAUCCCUCGGGCUUCAGCAAUACGGGGAGAGCUAUGGCAACACACGUUUUUAGUCCAGGAUAUUGCCCCAUAGGAUACACCUCUGCAGACGUCACCAUCAACGGGCCGACUACGACUGCAAUCUGCUGUCCCUCGAAUCACAACUAUUACAGGACCAGUAUCACUGACACCUUCCCACCACCACUGCUGGCAGGAUGUCUGAGCAGUAUGCGGUCAGCAAUAACUACCAGAGUACCUAUUGCUAUUCCAGGCAAUGAGAAAGAAACCCUUGUCAGCGGACCUUUGACAAUGUGGGCUCAGCCCCUCACAGUGAUGCUUCAAUCAACAGAUUUAAGCUUAUAUGGGGAUGGUUCUACUUCUUCAAUCGCUACCUCCACGCCUGUAGUGUCCGCCACACAGCCAGCAUUAAUGUAUUAUGACGACCCAGCAAAACCCACAGUCUUGGCACCAAACCCACCUCCCACAGCAGCAACUACCCACUGUACACAUACGACUCCAAUGAUAUCGGCAGGACCGACAGAACCAACUAAUCCAACACGCUCAACGGAGCCUGAUGCCCACGAAACCACUGCGUUGUCCUCAAGCGCCAAAGCUGGAAUUGGCAUCGGCGCUGCUGCGCUUGGAUUGGCCGUGUUUGUGAUAGCUAUUGCUUCGCGCCUAUUCCGUCGACGAAAGCGCCGCCAGGGCAAGCCGGCCCCACCAGCCACCCCUCACAGACCGGGUUCCUCCAAGAGCUUUAGGCCAUGGGCCAAAGUAAAGGAGGUACGGCGAGGGCCUCCGGCCGAGCUUGAAGCGUAA